AUGACUACUGUCGCUACGACUGAAAUUACUAAUGAUAAUGGGAAAAUUGGUGAAGGAUCGAGUGAUAUGAAAGAAAAAGUUGAUAAUGAAACGAGUUUUGAUAUUGAAAAGAGAGAAGCUCAGGUGGCUUUAAUGACGUUGAGAAGUAAUUAUGCUCGAACCCUUAAACUUAAGGAAAGAGUCUGGAAAUUAGUCUUAUUUUUAAUCAGCUUAAGUCUUUUAUGCAUGAUUAUUGGAAGUGUUCUUAUAUUUUUAAAGGAACAUAUUGUGAAUUUAAAUUCAGUUGUAAGCCUUUCUGUAUCUGCUGGUGGUUUUCUUAUUUCCGGAGGUGGUGUUAUUGCAGCUUUUCGAUCACUUCUUACCUCCAAUUCCAAUUCACAUUCUGGUAUUGAGAAAGGUGAUAAAAUUCCCGAUAUCGAUCUUGCAGAAUCAUCUAUUCUAAUUGUGCAAUCUAAAUUAAUUGAUAAAGUGUAUAAUAUGAUUAAAGAACUAAAAGAAAAGAGUCAAGGUUUAAUAAGUUUGGAAAUGGUUGAAUGUUUUUGGCUGUUUGCUGGUUGUGUUUUUCUUUUUGGAAUUGCAGGAUAUGAAUUUUUGAAUUUUGCUACUAGAAAUUCUAAUGGAAUUGUUUUGGAUAUUGCCCUUAUUAUUAUUGGUCUUGUUGGCCUUGCAUUUUGUCUAUCUGUUGGUCUCGUGCUCCAAUUUGCAAAACAACGAUUUAGUAAAAAACAUCAAAAAUCAUUGCUUUUUUAUUUUAUUUGCCCUUUUGUUUGGUUCUUUUCUCUUAUAAGCAUAAGUGAGGAAUAUGAAUUGGAUUUAAAGGACAUUCGUUUUCCACGCACAGAAGAAGAAAAGGUUUUAUAUCUUCUUUAUGGUAUAAUGUAUAAUGACAAUGCCAUCAAUCCUUACCAUGAUAAUUAG